UUAACCCUGUUCCUCCUCCGCAGGCACCUGAAAUCCCUGGGAUAAGGGUGAUAUCUUACAGAGCACCCCAACACCACGGGCACCCCCUUCCCCACCCCCCCAAAUCUCAUUUCACAAUGGAUUUCACCUGGUGCCCACCACCGUGGCGUCAGGGCACCAGGACCAGCUCCAUAAACCCAUGGAUGUCUUCUUUUAGGGGAGGCUGAGCGCAGAGGGCACCCACCCCAUCACCCCAAGGGCUGGCAGGGACUCCUGUGCUGGUUUUGGGGGGUGAAAAAAAGGGACUUUUUGGAUAAUCUGCCAGGCCAGAUCAUGACCUGGGGACGUGCCAGGGCACCGCAGCAGCAUGAGGCCAAGUGUCUUGAUAUGGUUUCAUUAACUGGAAGUAGUGGCACUUUAUGGGUGAUGGCAGGCUGUGAUUGUAGGGUUACAGGCAGCUGCAGGCAGCGAGUACAGCUGGGGUAGGGAUCCUUUAGCGUCUAAUAGAAAGGUUGUGCCUAGUGACUCCCACAGCUGGGUUUUUCCUGGGAUCGGGAAGAAUUUUUCCUCCUCUCCUCCAGCUUUCCUAUCCCUCUCACCCUGGCAGCACUGGGGUUUAGUGCCCCAUUUCUCUCUCACAAAGAGAUUUUCUUGCUCAUUUGCCAUUGGGGGUGGUGCCUUGUUUUUCGGCUGAUCAUUGCAUUUUUGGCUCAGCUCUGGCUGCAGCUGUCCUCUGCCACCGACGGCCUGUGUAGCCUUGGGCAUGUCCCUUAGCAACCCCUACAAACACCCCUCCAAGGGGUAUUUUGGGGAAAAAAGCUGUUAAAAUGGGGCAUGAGCCACACUGGUUCACUUCAGAUGCAGCACCUGUGCCUUAAUUUCUCUUAUGUGUCUGCAGCAAGAUGAGACAAGGCAACUGGAGCACCUUCCUUCUUUUGGUGCCAUCAUGCCAGGUGACCUCCCUGUCCCCCGCAUCUGCCUCAGAUGCCCACCCUUGGAAGGAGCCAAAAAUGGAGCCAAACCCCCUAAAAUGGGGGGAAAGACUCCAAAAUUCAUCUGUCUGGUGACAUGGCUGGUGGCCUUAUCCAGCUGCAUCCUGGCAUCCCCCCAGCCAAGUCUGGGGUGCAUCCCCUGCCCUGGUGCCAGCUCUAGAUGUCCCACAGUGUCUGGGUACAACUCUUUUCAGGGGGCAACAUGGGUGUAGGGGGGGUGCGUGUCUGUGCACACACAUGAGACAUGUCCAUGGGGCUGUGCACAUGCGUGUCUGCAUGUGUAUGGAGGCUGCAUAUGUGUGUAUAGCAUGUAUGUGUAGGGCAUGGGGGUGGAUGCAUGCAGUGUGGAGCCGUGGUGGAGUUGCAGGCACGGGCUGUGCCGUGCCAUGCCAUACCCGCAUAGCCGUGAUGUGCCAUGCCGUGCUGUGCCACGUGGCGUGGUGUGGUGCAAUGCCCACCCUGCUGUGCAGUGCCACGCGUUGUGUGCCGUGCCGUGCCACGCAGUGCGCUGUGGUGCCCGCCCUGCUGUGCAGCGCCAAGUGCCACGCACGGUGCCCUGUCUUGCAGUGUCCACCCUGCCAUGCUGUGCCAUGCAGCGCCCACAGUGCUGUGCAGCACAGUGCCCAGCCGGCCACCCAGGUUUCUGUUCCCCAUUGUGUCAGGGUGCUGCCACUGGGUGGAAAGGGGAAGUGUCACUCAACAGGGCAAGUGUGGCAUGCCAGGGUGGCAGAUGUGCCUGGGUGCUGGGCAGAGCAGUGGGUCCCAGCACCCAGUGGCACCCCCUGGCACCCUGUGACACCCCAGAAGUCCCAGCCCCUAAGAAAAGCAGGCGGCCCCUUCCCCGGCUCCGAGCAGCCCCGAGGCCACGUGGAUGGGCUCUCUUAGCCCAAAAAAACGAAAACCUCUGGGACCAGAGCACCAGCAGCCCCGAUUCGAGGACGAAAGUAACCACGAAACACCGGUACUGCUGAGGGCCCACACCAGCAGAGAGGACAUCAACAGUGGGGACCACCAGCAUGGCCAACUUGACAAUCCUUGUGGCCACUGGGAGAAACUCAUGCACCUUCCACGAGGAGUUCAAGCAGGUCUUGUUGCCCCUGGUCUACUCGGUAGUGUUCAUGGUGGGGUUGCCCUUGAACGCCGUGGUCAUAGGGCAGAUCUGGGUGGCCCGUAAAGCACUCAGCCGCACCAUGAUCUACAUGCUGAACCUGGCCACAGCUGAUCUGCUCUAUGUCUGUUCCCUCCCACUCCUCAUCUACAACUACACCCAGAAGGAUUAUUGGCCUUUUGGGGACUUCACCUGCAAAUUUGUCCGCUUCCAGUUCUACACCAACCUACACGGCAGCAUCCUCUUCCUCACCUGCAUCAGCAUCCAGCGGUACCUGGGCAUCUGCCACCCCUUGGCCUCAUGGCACAAGAAGAAGGGGAAGAAGCUGACGUGGCUGGUGUGCGCUGCAGUGUGGUUCAUUGUCAUUGCCCAGUGCCUGCCCACCUUUGUCUUUGCUUCCACCGGCACCCAGAGGAACCGUACUGUCUGCUACGACCUGAGUCCACCGGAUCGCUCCACUGCCUACUUCCCCUACGGCAUCACCCUCACUGUCACCGGCUUCUUGCUGCCUUUCAUGGCAAUCCUUGCCUGCUACUGCAACAUGGCCCGGAUCCUGUGCCAGAAGGACGAGCUGAUUGGCUUGGCAGUACACAAGAGGAAGGGCAAAGCCGUACGUAUGAUCAUCAUUGUGGUCAUCGUCUUCUCCAUCAGUUUCUUCCCCUUCCACCUCACCAAGACCAUCUACCUGAUAGUCCGUUCCUCACCCGGACUGCCCUGUCCGGCUCUACAGGCUUUUGCCAUCGCCUACAAGUGCACACGUCCAUUUGCCAGCAUGAACAGUGUCCUUGACCCCAUCCUCUUCUAUUUCACCCAACGCAAGUUUCGCGAGAGCACCCGUUACCUCCUUGACAAGAUGAGCUCCAAGUGGCGGCAUGACCACUGCAUUACCUAUGGAUCCUAAGUGAGGAGAAGGGCCACUUCAGUGUCACCAAGACCAGGCAUAGAGCAAUUUUGGCUUUAAGCUCCAUGGAGCAGAGAUGGCGUCAGCUGGACACACGCUGGAGGACAGGAGGAUGGCAUCUUCCCAAGCUUUCAGUACUUUCAUCCCACCUCAAGCCUGCAGCGGCACAGUAUUAACCCCAGCACAGCACAGAUCCAGUGUCCUCUCUCUGGCUCAGUCGCUCAGUUUGAGCAGCUCAGCGCCGCAUUUCCUUGGUGUCCAAGCCACUGAUGCAAUAAGAACUACUGGCGGGAUCAUGGAGAAAAUGGUGGGACCAUGGAGGAUAUCGUCCCUGGCUCAGGGCGAGCUGCUGGGUGGCAGUUUCUUCCCCUUCUGAUUUAAAGAUUCCCCAAGGGGGCCAUGCAAAGGCGGGGAGGGUUUAGUUUAACUAGGACCUGUCUGUGGAAAAUGGGGAUGUGUUUCUCCAGCUGAAGAACAGCAUCACAGAUGUUUUUUGGGGUAAUCCUGGGACAAUCCCUAUCCCCCAGUUCCCAGAACAUGGACACACCAGUAAGAUGCAUGGGUCCACUGGUGCUGCAAAAUGGUGGGAGAGCGCCCCUGGCCAGACUGAGAACUGGGAAGAGGGACAUAAGGGCAACUGGGACAUCCAUGCUGGAUUUCCCACCCAAAACGAUGACCAUGGGCUGGGUUAGUCACAAGCCAGCCAGGAUUGUCACCUUCCUGGGGACUUUCAGUAUCAUCUGGGUCCAGCUCUCCGCUUAGGCCAGCACCCCAAAUCUGACCCGUCCUGGGUGCCCUGCUGUCACCUCCUAACCAGGAUCCACCAAAAUCAGAGCCAGCACACCUGGAGACAGGAAACACAUGCCACUGAGACACUCGGUGUCCUCGGCCAUGUCACCGCGCAUCCCACCGUUGGCUUGGCCUCUCCACCACCCCUGCACGGGGCUGGCGCUUGAGCUUUGCUCUCCGCAGCCUCCAUCAGGACAUUGCUCCCUCCAGGCAGACAGGGGUUUGCUUACAAGGUGCGGGGUGGACGUACCACUAAUCACUCUGCGAGUCUUCUUUAAUAAUGUAUAGGAUGUAUAGAAUAAACCUCCCCUCCUUUUUCA